GUAGGCGCACACAAUUCGCCAUUUUUAGUUGUCAAAAGCGCCUAUGUAAAAUAAAUAUCAAAGUUUCUGUAACAUAAUAAAUAAGUUUCAUCAAAGGAGUUUUGAUUCGUUCAGUAGAGUUUUAUUUUAAAGUACAUUUGCUAAAUACGAUAAUGGCUCCUAAGCGAGGUAGGGGACGUCCAAGAAAAUUGCCCGAAUCUGUUAACCCGAGUACUAAACUAGCAUUCGAAGGAAACCAUGGCACGAUUGAAAAUAAUAGCAACGAAGUGAUGGAACGCGUUUGCUCGGUCUGUGACAAAUCUUUCGAAAGUAAACUUGCAUUAGUUGAACAUUUAAUAGUGUGCAAUGAAAAUAGUAAUGAUUCUAUUAUUUGUAAACAAGAUUCUUCAAAUGAAUCACCAAAGAAUCUACGAAAAGUAAAGAAAUUUUUAAAAUUACACGAAGAUAAGCCAAAGCUGCAUUGUAGAAAAUGUGAUAAAGUCUUUAUUUUUCAAAAAUGCUUCAAUAAACACAUGGAAAAUGACCAUUCUGAAGCUCCAAACAGUGUAUCAUGUGAUAUGUGUGAUGUAACAUGUCCAAAUAAACAAAUAUUAUUAAAACAUAUCACAAAAAAACAUGACACAAGCUCAUAUUCAUGUGAAUAUUGUGGGAAGAAAUUUGUACGCAAAGCUCAUGUUUCAAGACAUUUAUCACAGAAGGGUUGUGAUGGUCGGGACCUAUUAAGAUUCUCAUGUGAAAUUUGUGACACUCAAUUCACAAGGAAAGAUAAUUUAAUGAUGCACCUAAGGCAGCAACAUAUCACAAAGGGAACAUUCCUUUGCAAGCUCUGCAAUUAUUUUACUAGAAACUUCUCCAAACUCAUUGUCCAUACAAGAAACCAUCAUCAUCCAAAACCAUUACGAUUUGAAUGCGAUCAUUGUGGAAAAGUAACAAACAGCAGGGCAUCUAUAUCGAAGCAUUUAGAAAUUCAUGGUGAAAAAAAAUAUCUAUGUGGUGUGUGUGGCUACAGAACUUACACUAUCGAGGUGAUGCGCCGCCACACGCUCACACACGUUGACAAUAAACCGUACAAGUGCAAUAGCUGUGAUCGUUCCUUUAUACAAAGAUCUUUACUUGUGCGACAUCUUGAGAAGCAUAUUGGUUUCACAUGCAAAGUUUGUCUCCAGAGAUUUGAUGAUAAAUAUGAAUUAAUCCGCCACAAGCAUUCACAUGACGAUCAUAAUGAAUUAAAUUGCUCUUUUGAAGAUUGUGAUAAACAAAACUUCAAGAAUCCUGCUGAAUUGGAAAGACAUAUCAAGGAGCACUUGAAUGCAUACAAAUGCGAGAUAUGCGGCAAGACGUUCAAGAACGAGAUCACGCUGGGGCGGCACGUGAGCACGCACGCGCUGGACCGGCCGCGCCGCUGCAUGUACUGCGUGUGCGCGCGCGCCUACCUGCGCGGCGAGCACCUGCUGCGCCACGUGCGCAACCACCACGCGGACGUGUUCAAGCAGCGGCUGAUGCACGUGCGGAAGGUGCUGGGGUCAUUCGCGACCCACAGCCGUGUCAGCAAGUCGGAACUGGAAGCGAUAUUGAAUGUUCUGGACGCGGAGUCGGAUCGCAUCAUUGAGGACUAUGGUACAGGCGUGCUUUACGGAGGCCUGCAAGCGCCUAACGAAAAUGAAACAGUUUUAGAAACACCUAUUAAGAUGGAACCAAGCCCCUUAUUGGGGGAACAAGAGCUUGCCGAAAACCUUAAACUAAUGCUAUCUAAGCUCAUUGAUAAAGAGCUCCUUGCGGAGCAUGGAUGGCCGAACGAUAGCGUUGACGACAUAUUGGAACGGGUGAUCGAGAACUGCGGCGCCCGCGUGGCGGAACGCGAAAAGUGGAGCCGCGUGCAGAGGCUGCGCGAGAACGCCAAACGUCUGUUCCUUUAUGUCAUCGAAGACGAGAACAUCGCCAAGAUGCUCAGCACGCACACCAUCGACCAGGUUAUUGUGAACAUCCUGGAACGCGUCGAUGAAGAUUCAUAAGACAGUGCAGUUUAAAUUUGAUGAAUGGUCGGGUAGAGACAUGAGGUUAGGAAUGUGUUGCAAUAUCGCAAGUUUUAAUUAAUUUAUCGGUAUAUCUACACUUUUAUUGUAAAGAUAAUUUUUGUUUUAUUUUGAUAUGUAACAAAUAAUCCUAUAGAAUAAUGAACAAAGCGGAAGCUACAUCAUCCCUGAGUAACAUUGGCCACUAAUUUUUACUAUUUUUUGAAAAUUAUGGCGUUUGGUUGGGAGGACAGCAAAAAAAAAGAUUAACAGGGACAGACCUAUAGUAGGCGGCUUUAAGACAGGUGAUACACUCCCAGCAUUACAAAAAUCGAUUAUCACAUAUUAAGGACAUGCACAGUCGUGGUUUGAAUCACUUACGUUGUGCGUUGUGUCCUCAAAAUAAUAAAUAUAAAAUUCAAGUGCUAAUUAUGUGCCUUAAUGAUUUAUUAUGUGUUAUUAUACAAGUUAGAGAAUUUAAUUGGAUUUUUUUAAACUUGCGUAGUGUAUUUUACAUUUUAAAUAGAAUAAUAUAGUAAACAUUUUUAUAAUAAUAUUUUAUUGUUUAUUAUAAUUUGUUAUAAUCAUAUUUUAUUGUUUACAGUUUUAUUAUUAGGUAGGAUUUUUACUACGGGCGAGUAGCAAAAAAAAAA